AUGCCCCAGGUGUGCGCCGCGCCGGACUGCCAAUGGAACAUGGGACUCUUAGAGGGCAAGGCGAGCGAGGUGGUGAGCUGCGUCGAGUGCAAUCGCCGAUUCCAUUUUGGGUGCCUUGACUUGACCAAGAUUGCGUACAUCAUACAAGAGUACCAGUGGCUAUGUGAGGAUUGCAGUACAUGCUGGGAUUGCUGCGAGAACUUUGAUGAGGAUGACUUUUUCCACUGCCUUGGCUGCGAUCGAGGAUGGCACCCAAACUGCUAUGCAGGGAGAAAAGACGACGAACCCGUUCCGUCUGAAGGGAAAUGCGAAAAAUGCGAAAAUUUCGACAGCGUUGCCAUCGCCACAAUUGGCCCGGUCUCGAGCGCGGCGACCCCUAGAUCGCAUCAAAGGCCAUCCAGACGCCCGGAGAAGAGGGUUUCCCGUCCACGCCCGUAUCCCGCAAAACUGCCUCUCGUCUCAUCCGAACUACGGCCCCGUGUACUUGCGCGUGAUAGGCUGCGUUUGUGGAAACCAGGUUGCUCUCCGCAUGUGCCUGUGGCCUACGAUAACGUGCCGCUUCCGUUCUCCGACGCCGAUAUUCAACGUGUCUGCGACCUACUCGAUAUCGCAUUCUCGGAAAAAGUCCUUGAAUCGUACGGGUCGGGCCUGCUACACUACCAUGUCUUUUGCGACAAGAAGAAAGUUCCGGAAGAUCAACGCGCGCCGGCAAGCGUCGAUUUGCUCCGUUUUUUCAUCGCUUCUCUUGCAGGAUCAUACCGCGAGGGUACCAUCCGUUCAUAUCGUCUAUUGCUGAGAGCGGCCAAGAACGUCGCACCGCCACCAAAAGAGAAGCGGUCCCCACUGAUGGUCGAAGACAUGGAGAGAUUGCGUGGAGCACUUGACCUCGACGACCCACUCCAGGCCGCUUCGUGGGGCGCUCUCGUGACCACCUUUUGGUGCACCGCCCGAUGCGGGGAGUUUACCCUACAAAAGCUUUCCUCCUUCCUUCCGGGCAAACACGUCAAACUAUCCGAUUAUCGCCAUACACGAAGUUCUGAUGGGAGUGAGGCACACACCUUUCAUCUACCGUCGACGAAAUGUGCACCUGUCGAUGGCGAAGACGUCUAUUUCAUCAGACAGAGCGGUCCCGCCAAUCCUGUCGACGCCUUUGAGAAUCAUUGUCGUACCGUCGCGACAUUCAACAGAUCUUGCCUACCGUCCGUUAAGAGGGCGACACAUAAAGUGGAUGACCCUGCCUUUUCGGAAUGA